CCUUCUCUUUUCUUCAAUACGCGACUACCUCCUGAUGGUCUUCUGCUUCCCUCCUCCUUUUCGUCUUCGGGUUUGGUGGGCUGGGUUUCUGGUUGCGCUGCUCCUCUGGAAACGCAAGGAACUAGCAGCCAUACUUGCCAUAUCCUGUGACUCUUGACCCUAGCGCUGGCGCUGGACCUUUCCAGCGAAGACAGACCCUCUCACAAGCCAAGACGGCUCUCAAUACGUCCAUGGUCAGCUGAGUCCGGCUCCCGUCCAUGACUGGUCCGCAAGUGUGAGUGAGCAUCCAGGCAUUACCGAUUCACGCUCCAGUUGCUGGGGAUGCAUCCUCCGGGUAUGAUUGUCCAGCGAACCAUGGAUCUGCCGAAUGUUCAGGGCGUCGAGCAGGCGAUCGGAGGCGGCUGUUCUUGUCAAAUUGCCAGCAGAGCCGAUGUCCAGGAAGCCGAAGCCAACGCCGGACAGGUUACAGAAGCAGACAGAAGCAGCCGCUUGGUUCGUGUGGGUGUGGUAAGUGUGUUGGGAUUUUUGCCCCCGCCCUCGCUAACGUUGUUUUCGCUAACGCCUUUAACAACGCCUUCACUUGCUGGCAACACUUCACCUCAUAGCCAUGUCUCCCUCAUGGUCGUCGUCGUCGGCGUUGUCGCUGAGACUUCCGUGCAACGAUUUUCCCCCAAACUGGCCGACGUCUCGUUCAAUCAGUUCACAAACGGUCCUGUCGCCGGCGCACAUUGCGUUCGGACGUGUCGUGGUUACCUUCCCAAACUCUUACCGUUAAGGGAUCGACGUUGGGUACACCGUGGCUGGGGCUGUGAAUUAUGCAGCAGAGGACUGAUCGUUUCACCACUAUAUCUUCUGCACAAAGGAAUGGUGUGGGCACACGCUAUCUGUGUGGAGGACUUCAGUGUCGUCCCACGCGAUCCCAGUAGCGAUGAGAGCGACAGCGAGAUUGGCAUGGCUCCGAGGCCGGCGACCCGAAGCCGAAUCCAAGAUGCAAGACCAGCACCGUUGAGGACAAUGCUGAUGUUCAGGCUGGCAACCAGGCCGAUGGCGACCUCAGGCUCUCAGCAACCCUGCUGGAGACGCUUAUGUGCAGAGCCAACAGCCAGACAAGUCGGCCGUAGUCAUGCACAAUCCAUCGCGACGUGUGCUGCUGAGACCCACACAAUGACGACACUACGAAGGCCGAAGUCAUGAACCCGGCUGGCGCGAAUGGUCAGCCGAGAGAUUUUUCGAGGGAUGGACACCCACAC